AAUAAGUAGACCUUACAUGUGCUCUUAAUUUAAGCGCUCCUAUUGAGGAGCCUGAAAUUUUCAUGGCUUUGUUCUGAGGAAUUAUGGCUGAAACAGGAUUAGGAGUUGACCAUAAUACUCUGAAUCCCAUUCUUUAUAAGAGUUUUACACUUAAAGAAAAAUCCACUUCAAAGCUUCGCAUUCUUAAAAGAAUAAGGAAAAGAUUGUCAGCUUCCUUUGGGAAAUUAACUCCAAAAGAUGGCUUGUCGAAUCUUGAAGAAACAGGGGCUUCUGGAGCGCCUCCGAGAAGUUUUUCUUCUAUGAAUAUUUAUGCUUUGUCAAGCUCUUCUUCAAUCCUUGGUCCUACAGCUAAUUUGGGACCAGGAGGAGAGGUGGCUGACGCUCCUCCAUACAGUCAUUACAGUCAUCAUAUUGAAUACACAACAGAUGAUCUCCGUUCAACCUUAGAGGAUAGUAGAAGUGUACGUGUGGAUGAAGUAAAUCAUUUACUAUCUGGUAUUGUCAGUGGUGCUGUUUGCCCAGGUCCAAGCGCUAGAAGACUUAUGCAUAUGCAACAACAAAAUAUCCCUUCAAAUCAGUUGAAUAGUAGACAAAGGCAGAGUAUUUGUUCUGGUGCAAUGUUGAGUUCUACAAAUCAAGCCUCUCCUUCACAUCAAACACAGGUGACUUCAGCAUCACGUGAGCAAUUUACAAUACCUAUGAAUCAAAUCUAUACUACAGCAGUAAAUGCACGAUCCGUAAUACCAUCAACAACAGUAAAUGCUACGAGUUCGCCAAACAUUGUUACUCGUGAUUCUUCUGUAGGUCCAUCUUUGGCUCGUAGUUUCAGAGAUAUUUUAUUGGGAAGAGGUCAUCAACCCAGUCAGACAUCUGGUACAUCAAGAUCAGCAAGUUAUCGUCGUAUUGCUCGUGCUCGUUGGCAUCAUUCAACAGGAAGUGUACUUGCCUCAAGCUCGGGUAUCACAGCAUCAGGCAGUGAAGAGAAUUUGGCUGCAGUCAGUAAUCGAACAUCUCUUUCUCAUCAACAUUCAGAAGAUCUUACAAGUAGUGUCGGUAAAUCCUCUCCUUCCUCUGGUAAACCCAGUCAAGCUCCUAAACUGAGUAGAUUUCGAGUAUCCAAAAGAAGAUCAAGAUUUUCUUAUACACCUCCUGCACAUAUUGCUUCUGAACCAGAAACAGAUGUGACUUGGGAAAAUCAUGACUGCAGUCAUGAACGUCGUCAUAGUCGUCCUAGCCACUGUAUAUCACCUGGUCAUCUGAAACGAGAUUAUCCACAUGAGUCACCGUUAACCUCUGUGUGCGCUGUUCGACAUACAGACAGUCGAUCUCACUCACGUCCAAGACCACGAUCAGUCUCCUCGUCAACUUCUAAACUAGCAGGUUUUUGGAAUUCUCUUGUAUCAGGUGCAGGGAUUGGCAAUAGUAUAAUAUCAAAACCUCAAAUUCAGCAUCAUCCAUCGAGUUCUGCAACACCAACAACUGUUAAACAAGUGAAAGGACAUCGUAACUUUUUACGUAACAGCCGUCAUACCGGUGAAACACAAAUGGGUUUGGUAAAAGCACGUUCCCGUAAAUCAAAACAUUCCAAAUCCAAUACAGAUGUAAACGAUGGCUUAAUGAAAAUCUCUCCAAGUUCCUUUCUCAAUCGUCCACAUUCUGAAGAGUUACGUUUGGCUGGUCUACUGAAUUUACGUGAUCCCAAUGUAAUCCGUUCACCAUCACAACUUGAUACAACAAAUAUUACAAAUAUCAGCAGUGCCUAUCGACGUAAUUCUCCUGCACCUGUUAACAAAUUAACUAAUUCACAACGAUAUGUUGCCGGUGGGAAAUAUGUUGGAUCUCAGCGGAUCAAUGAAGAUUAUAUAUUGCCAUCAACGAAUAGUACGCCUCAAUCGCAUUCUCAAUCACCGAAUAGAAUAAUUCAUAAUCGUUCCUCUUCAUCACGUAGUUUUGGAUGUGUUGAUUCCUAUCAAAAGUUAGAUGUUCUUGGUGAAGGAUCUUAUGCAACUGUAUACAGAGGAUAUUCACAUGUAAUGCGUCGUGCUGUUGCUGUCAAAGAGAUACGAAUUAAUCCAGAAGAAGGAUUACCGUUCACAGCGAUUCGUGAAGCCUCCCUACUGAAAGCCUUACGUCAUGCUAACAUUGUUAUUUUACACGAUAUUGUGCAUACAAAGAACACGUUAAACUUCAUUUUCGAAUUUGUGCAAUCAGAUCUAAGUAAAUAUAUUGAAAAUCAUCCACGUGGAAUUAAACUACAUAAUGUUCGACUUUUUCUUUAUCAACUAUUACGUGGUUUGGCCUAUUGUCAUGAUCGUCAUAUACUUCAUAGAGACUUAAAACCUCAAAAUUUGCUUAUAUCCGCUCAAGGUGAAUUAAAGCUAGCUGAUUUUGGGUUAGCUAGAGCUAAAUCUGUACCAAGUCGUACUUAUAGUCAUGAAGUUGUUACACUUUGGUAUCGUCCACCAGAUGUCCUUCUUGGUUCGACAUGCUAUACUGCCUCCCUGGAUAUAUGGGGUGUUGGUUGUAUUUUUACCGAAAUGAUAUCAGGAGUUGCAACAUUUCCUGGAUCAAAAGACUCAGUGGAUCAACUUGAUAAAAUUUUUCGGGUUAUGGGUACACCGAGUGAAGAAACAUGGCCUGGUGUUUCUAAACUACCUAAAUACAGAAGUUUAUUAGGCGAUAUCAAUGUUAAUUUACCAAUGCAAAGAACUAAAAGUAUAUCAGUAGCAUCAAGUAAUGAUACUAGUGGAUGUGAGGAACGACCACGUAAACCUGGUGAUAGUGAUCAAAAACAACGACGUUUACAUUAUUAUCCUAGUCGACCAUUGCAUAGAGUUAUAUCACGGUUAAAUCGUGCCCCGCAUGCUGAAGCAUUAGCUCUACAAUUUUUACAACUUCAACCGUCGAAAAGAAUUAGCGCUAGAGCUGCUAUGCGUAGUGUAUACUUUUCAAAUCAUUUACCUACUGCUCAACUUGCCUGCCUUCCAGAUACUUUAUCUAUAUUUGUCAUACCGAACAUACGCUUGGUUCCUGAGUCGACUUCACAACCAAGUCCAAACAAAGAAUCAUCACGUAAUUAUUAUCGACGACAUGCAAAUGAUGAAAAUGAUCAAAUUGAUAUUCCAAUACAACAUCAACACGGGGAUCCAUCAGAAGUUGAUGAAUUUCAUGCUUCAGCUGCUGUUGUCGAUAGAAAUGAAAGUGUUCAUGGCGAAUCUCAUGGUCGUUGGCAUCGUCCAGGUCUUUCAAAAUUUGAAAAACAAUUAAUAGCCGACGAAAGUUUACAGUUACCGUCAUCUCCAACCUCUGGAACAAAUUCAUCUAAAGUUUCAUGGUUAGGACUACAGAAUAUAUCUAUAUCGGAUAAAAAUCGAAGUAAUAGUAGUAUGAAUUGUAAAACUAUGGUGAAUGGAAAAGGUAAUAGUGGAUCUGAAGGUGAUAAGAGUGUAUCUCAAGAUGAGAAUCCUACAACGAAUCAUUUAUAUGUCUCACGAGCUUAUGAGUCAGCAGAUGCUGUAUUGAAUGCUGUUCCUUUCGACAAACCAAAUGAUGAUGGAUCUAAAUUACCCAAUGAAGAAUGUGAACCAGUUAAAGUCUUUCCUGCCUGUUUUGAUUUACCUAAGAAAUCUGAUCGUCCAACAUCAAAGGUGCCACCCUCUUCCUCCCGGAUUCAAAUGGAAAAUCCUAUGUCUCCGAAUUCACUGUCUAAUUCAGUUUAUGAUUCACCUGCACGUGCUUCAACUGUUUUCUCUAAUCAAACCUCUGAUUUCCUCUCUCCUGCCAACCGUCCAACUCUGCAUACACUAUCAGGUUCUGCAUCUCAAGUCUUUCCGCCGUAUCUUCAUAAUGCUCAACAACAACAACAACCUAUGCUAACGCCAUAUCCUGCCUUAACGCCUUUAUUUUAUUAUCCUGAUUAUUAUUACCCAGAGUGGAAUAAUGUACAAAAUUCUGUAUACUAUCCUCAAAUGCCGACACUGGAUGAACGUCGUACAGCUGCCGCGGCGGCAGUGGCAGCUGCUGCAGCUGCAGCCGCCGCAGUUACACUCUAUCCUGCUGUUGCUCCACACUCAGAUACACACUUGCCAGCCAACCUUGUCUCCUCCAUGUGUUCACAUGAUCAUGUGCCUCAAGAAAUGAGUAUGAUAUCCAGUACAAUGGAUCCUGGUUCUUUAAAUAUUAGCAAAUGCAGUGAUAGUUACAAUGAAGAGUCCCUAGGCAAGGAACCGCAUUCUAAUCGACCAGACGACAAGCCAUGUGAAAGCUUUAACUGCAAUAUGUCGUUACCUGGAACCUCUGACAUACAGUUGUCCAACAGACUACCAUCUAACUACAGUAGUUAUUAUAUACCAUAUGGUUUACCCUUGAAUUGUUCAAAUCCAAUGUAUAUGUGUCCCUGCUUUGGACCUACUAACUGUCUUGGUGCACCGAACUCCGCUAUACCAGUUAUGCACAACCCUUCAGUUUUUUGGGAUCCUAAUUCAAUUCCUUAUAUGUUUCAUAUCCCUCGACAUCACAAUGUUAUGCCGUGUGAAAGAGAACGGUCUCAUAGUGCUUCACUAGUUACUCCUUUAAGUGUUGGGUCAGAUCAAAAGAAGCAUAGUGAUAGUCCGAAAUCACAAGUACCAAAUGCAUCCUUCAAUCAACCACCUUAUCCUUACUCACAGCCACAUUUACCGGCUGAGAAUAAUUCUAAAACUGCCGAUUCUUUGAGUACAUCAGAAUCUCAUACUAGCCAUGAUACAAUGGUCAAUAGUUCAACAGUUUUCUCAAAUUGCUCAAAUUUAAAUUCGGAAUUAUCUCAAGCAAACUUUCCAUCUCAACUACACUUGCCUCAUAUGAAUGCUGAUCAACAAAUUUGUAGACCAUGUCAAAAUGCAAUAGGCCUUACACCUUGUCAAGUUGGUUUCUCUGACCUGCAACAGACAUAUCUAAUGAGACCAAAUCUUAUUCCUACAAUGCCAAAUUGUUUUUAUCACAAUGUAGCUAGUCCAUUACGCUUUUUCCCUGAUACUAAUGCUUACAUUCCCCAAAAUAAUAAUUAUCAUCAAAAUACAGGCAAUUUGACAAAUUCUCGUGAUCCUUCCACACGAUCUGAUCAUGUAUAUAAUUCAGGAAUGACAAUACCUGAUCAUUUAUACCAUACUAAUGGUAAUAAUAGUAAUAAUAAUAACACUAACGGAAGUAAUUGUGGUGAUGCCAUUGAAACACCACCGUCAAACCACUUAAUAUGUACUCCAUCCUCUUUCUUAGCUUUCUCUUGUAAUCACUAUGAAUCAAAUGAAGCGGAAACAAUGAAUUCUGAAGAGAAGCUGAAUAAGAAUAAGAACAGUAAGCCUGUUAAUGAUAAUGAGGAUGAUAACAAUGAUAAUGAUGAAAAGUCUUCUCAUAUAAAACAUACCAACGCUUGGUUUGAUAAUCACUGUUAUCCAAUGAAUAAAUGUUUGUCAACAGUAGUUGGAUAUCCCAAGUCAAAUAUGCUCAGUAAUAUGAAUAUGAAUAAUAUUGAACAACAAAUGCAUUAUUUACAUUUAUAUGAUAAACGAAAUACCGACGUGGAUGUACGUGUUAAUCGAAGUAUUAGUUUUACAUCACCUGAUACUAUGCGAUUGGAUCAUUUACCGUUGGUGCAACAACAGCAUAGUUUAUUCAAUAACAGUCUUAAUCAUAAUAAUGGCAAUAAUCAGCAUCAGCAUCGUUUACCAGCGUAUUCACAUUAUCGUCUGCCUCGAUCAUAUGCUUAUUAUCCAGCUAGUAAUUAUUCAUCUCUGGCAGCAGCUGCAGCAACACAGAAUCCUAUACGAUUCGGUAUGCCUUUCAAUAAUAAUAAUAAUAGUAACAAUAAUAACAACAGUAAUAAUAAUACUAAUAAUCAUAGUAAUAGUAUGAAUUAUCCAUACCGUUAUCAAUAUCCUCACCAGCACCAAUAUCAUAAUCAUCAUCAUCAUCAUUCACAUUCACUGCAAGAUAAUUCUACUGGGAAACUGUCGAAUUCAUGUGGUUUAGAUGAAAUCUCACACCAACAGCAGCAGCAACAACAACAAAUUAAUCAUAACAAUCCAUUGCAUUUUUGUCAUUCAUCAACAUCAUCUGAUAUGAAUAAUACUACUCAUAAUAAUAAUAGUAGUAGUAGUAAUGAUAAUAAUAACAAUAAUGAUAAUGGUAAUAAUAAUAACAGUAUUAAUUUAUUUGAUACAUACGAUCAACGGGCCCAGACAAAUGUUUAA